UGGGGGAGGGUUUAACGGGAGCUUGCAUCCCAACUCCAAACUCCAAGCAGCGCUUGCAGUGCAGCUGUAGCAAGCCGGUGUAACUGGAAAGCAAGUUUUUGUUUUUUUUUUUUUCCUCCCUCCGCCUGUCUCUCUCUUUCACUCACUCACUCCAAUGUGAGGCUUCACUCGAGCGUGGGAGGCAAAAGUGUGUGUGUGUGCGUGUGUGUGUGUGUGUGCGUGUAUGAGUGUGUGGGAUUCGAGCAGGACUUUCAGAUCACUCGCAGCAAGGGAGCCUUGUAGGCCAUUAUGGGCGCUUUAAUGGUCAUCUUCUCUCUUCAGCCCAAACAAAGACGCAAGCCUACAGACAGCGUUGAAGAUGAGCUGGAACUGUCAGCCGUGCGCCAUCGGCCCGAAGGUCUGGGACAGCUGGAGGCGCAGACGCGCUUCUCCCGCAAGGAGCUGCAGAUCCUCUACCGCGGCUUUAAGAACGAAUGUCCGAGUGGCAUCGUCAACGAGGAAACCUUCAAAGACAUUUACGCCCAGUUCUUCCCGCAAGGAGGUUUGUGCUUUCUCGUUUUGCGUGCGUCCAAAGUCGGCCGCGGGCCACCGCUGAAUCCUCCGCUCUUCUGCGGCGUGGCUCUCGCUCUCUCUUUCUUUCUCACAGACGCGUCGACGUACGCUCACUUCCUGUUCAACGCCUUUGACACGGAUCACAACGGCUCCGUGAGCUUUGAGGACUUUGUGAUGGGUCUUUCCAUCCUACUGCGGGGCACCAUUCAAGAGAAACUCAAGUGGGCUUUCAACCUCUACGACAUCAAUAAAGACGGUUACAUCACCAAAGAGGAGAUGCUCGACAUCAUGAAGGCCAUCUACGACAUGAUGGGCAAGUGCACGUAUCCCGUGCUCAAAGAGGAGACUCCGCGCCAGCAUGUGGAAGUAUUCUUUCAGAAGAUGGAUAAGAACAAAGAUGGCGUGGUGACCAUCGACGAGUUCAUCGACUGCUGCCAAAAUGACGAAAACAUCAUGCGCUCCAUGCACCUCUUUGAAAACGUCCUUUAACUUUACAGCCCCGGAGGGGGAGAAUGCUUGUCGAACACGCAAACCUCCGUUCAUGGCGUGUGUCCUUCCUGGCUGGGAACACUCUGGAAAUGUUUACGUUGACCGUGUAGCCGUUGUUUUCCUGCCAGGUGAUGUCACUGUCACUCUGACGUUCCCUUCCAUCCACAUUCCACCCUGUUAUUGUUAUUUCCAGGGUGUUCCUUAAUGGCUCGUGUUUUGUUUUCGAGUGUAUAUAGUAGUGGUUCUUCAAACUUAAAAAAAAAAAAAAUUGGCUUUUAAAAUACCACCUUCAUGGCCGUUAUUCAAACACAAUAACUUCAAUUUUACCCAGAGAGUGAUUGACCAAAACGUGAACUGCACUUAACCCUUUGAGGGACAGCGGUUACUACAGUGGACAGCUUAUUACAGGGGUGCCCAUUACGCCGAUCGCGAUC